CGCUGCCCGGGCCGGUGGCUGGGGGACCCGGCCCGGGUCCGAGUGCGGUCCCGGUCCCGACCCGGCCCCGAGGCGCUGCCGGAGGGCGCGGAGAAGUGAAACUUUGCUGGUUUUCUUAUACUAAAAGCCUGGCAUUACUUGGACUAUGCAGACUUUGAGGAAGCUGUUGGUACUUUGCUCACAGUUCCCUUCAACAGGCCUGUGCACCCCAGGAGCCUGAUGUGCCUUACUUCAGACUUCUAAAACAGUUGGACUUUCUGGGAGAUAAAUUCAUCUUUGCUCUCCCAUCUGCUGCAACGUCUCUUUAUGGUUAAAUCCAUGCUUUGGACUUCAGAGAACUAAACUUGGUGGCUAGCCAGGACAGACAAACUAGGCUUGUAAAAGCAGAGCAUAUAAGAACAAAUACAGGACGCAGGAUGGUUUUUGAAGAAUAAAUUGAAGGGAAACAAGUGUCCCAUGACUCUGAAAGCUGAGAACUUUUGCCAGAAGUAGAUGACAGCACUGGGGAUUAAGAUCACAACAUUUCUUCUGGAAGAGCAAGCUCUGAUGGGAACAAGAAUGCUCAGGAUGCCCAACUGCCUGCUAAAGCUGACCCGGGUGGUGCUGGGCCACAAGCUCAGAAUUCUCUUCAUCAUUGCCUUUAAGUUCAUGUCCUUUGUCUCCAUCGUGUUGUACUGGAGGAUCACAGAGGACUCUAAGGGCAAGGACCAAGUCUACUUGCCUGUUCAGAUCCGCUGUGCUCACUCUGUUCCAUCUCCUCCCUGCGCCGUUGCUGAUGAACCUCCUCCUCCCCCAGGAGAUGUGUUUUUUGUGGAGACCUCUGAACGAACCAACCCAAAUUACCUAUUCAUGUGCUCUGUGGAGUCAGCUGCCCGGACACAUCCAGGGACGAGGGUCGUGGUGCUCAUGAAAGGCCUGGCAAACAGAAAUGCCUCAUUACCCAACCACUGGGGCUUCUCAUUGCUGAGCUGCUUCCCCAAUGUGGAAAUCCGUCCCUUGGAUUUGUUGGAGCUAUUCUCUGGGACACCUCUAGCAAAGUGGUACUUGCAGGCUCAGCAGCGCUGGGAACCUUAUUUCUUACCCAUCCUGUCUGAUGCCUGCAGAAUUGCCAUCAUGUGGAAAUUUGGGGGCAUCUACCUGGACACAGACUUCAUUGUGCUUAAGAACUUAAAGAACCUCACCAAUGUGCUUGGCACCCAGUCCAAGUAUGUACUGAAUGGAGCCUUUCUGUCCUUUACACCCAAACACAAGUUCAUAGAGCUUUGUAUGCAGGACUUUGUGGAGAACUACAACAGCUGGAUCUGGGGGCAUCAAGGCCCACAGCUCCUAACGCGUGUCUUUAAGAAGUGGUGUUCCAUCAGGAGUCUUCGGAGCAGUAAGAGCUGCAAAGGGGUGAGUGCUCUGCCCCGAGAGGCUUUUUAUCCCAUUCGGUGGCAGGACUGGAAGAAAUACUUUGAGGCGGUCAGCUCCACUGAGCUGAAUGAACUCCUGAAGAAUACCUAUGCUGUGCAUGUAUGGAACAAGAAGAGCCAAGGGACAAGGCUAGAGAUCACAUCGCAGGCUUUGUUGGCUCAGCUGCAUUCUCAUUUCUGCCCUGCCACAUAUGAUGUCUUGAAGAUGGACUUUAAAUGGCACUGACUCUAAGGGUCAGCUAACAGACAUUGUGUGGGACCUUCAACUGUUCCAUUUCAGAUAAACUUCUUUUGAAGUGAAGGUGGUGGGAGUUGAGGAUAAAAGCCAUUUGUGGGGUUUAGAUGGAGCCUGUAUUUUCAGCCCAUCUGUGCAGCUUUAUCUUGACUUUAACAAUAUUUUGGUUCUCUGCAGGACCUUCCUUCUGCUCUCCUCAGUUAGGUGGAGGAAACUCAGGAUGAGGAGUGAGUGCUGGGCCACUUGUGGCAGCCUCUAUAAACUUCUUGAAGAAUAAGACUCCUUUCUGUAGCUCCAGAUCUGGAAGGGGCCUUGUAGAAAUGUGUAUCUCAUCCUCUGUCACUGCCUCAAAGCUAUAAAAGGAUGGGAGAGCAAAGAACAGGAACUGAAGAGGUUAAGGGUGUGUUUGAAGAGGUGUCUAAAGAAAAAAUGUGAAGGAAAACAGAGAUGAAAGGAGAAAUGGCUAAAGUCUUUUUCUUUUCAUUCCUUUUUUCUCUGAAGACUUUGAUGGAAGAGACUUUCUCAUGACACUCGUCCAAGGAGAGAGCAGGACACUGGAGUCUCUUCAGUGUUGUGUGUCUAAAGAUUUGCUUGGAAAUCUGGCAUGAAUCAGAAUGUGAGGAUCUGAGUCUAGUUCAUCAUUUGGAAGGAGUUCUUGCAUAGCAGUGAUUUGUGUUAUAGUAAUAGCAAAUUAACAUCCUGUAAUGAGCAGGAGAGCUCUCCCAAAUCACAUCUUAAAUUGCACAUAACACAGGAAGAGCUGAACUGUCUUUUACACUGGGCUUGUAAGUGUGACCAAAUUUCCAUAACUGUAUCUAUGAUCUUUCAGUGCUUAAACGGAUCCUAAAGGGAAAGAAGUGAUACUUCCAAGUAUUCCCAAAGUUACAGAGAGUGUGGUGGAAACCUUUACUGUCUAAAUUCCAGUUCAGGAACUGAGUCAUUUAUGAUGGACUUCUUCAGGUAGCCUGGAGCCCUCCUAGUUCACUAUUCAUUGUGCAGGAGUGUAAAUCUCCCCUGGGAAGUUUGGAGAAGUGCAGUGAAAAGAUUUACUCUUCUCCUCUGAGCACUUCACUGAAUUAUGAUGGAGAAAGUUAAUGUAUCACUCUUAUGGUGCUGUUGUGUCUUUAAUGGUUCCACCAUGGAGGCAAAUUUGUUGGACACACGAUGGCAAAAAAAAUUGUCCUUUGCUUUGAUAGUCAAAAGGAUGUAUUGGUGCUCUUACAGUUCAUUAUAUAAAAAUAUCAGAGAAAGAGCAGCAGGAGGCAAAAGUAAGGUAGAAACCGUAAGCUUUCUUAUAUCUGUUCCUCACCACAACCUAAAGGGGUUUUCUUGGGCUCAUGAGCUGACACUACAGUGGGGUUGACAGAGGUGAACAAAGUAUUGGCCAUCCCCUCUCCUACAUUGAUCUCAUCGUAAAAUCUUUUCUGCCUUUAGUCUGAGGAUCUUCUUAUCCCUAGAAAUAGCAGUGAGGUACUCCAGUGACCCAUCUGGUGGCCAUGAGUCAGUGAGAUUUCCAGUGUCAUGAAGCCUCAUAGCAAGAGCUCUUAAAAGAGUGCUACCUUCAAGUCCUCUGAGAGUGAGGUAGAUGAUUGCUAGGUUUGCAGUUUUCUGAGGCCUCUUCUGUUUCCCAUGUCAAAUAGAAGCAAGGUGAGGUUUGUUCAACAUAGCCAAAAGUAAAAGACUGCGUGCAAUGACAACAUUUCUCAGGUUGUCUUGGGUUUAUUUCUCUUUUUUUGGAGGAUAAAAACAAGAAAGUCAAAUUGCCUAUCACUUUUCCACAGCAGUUCCCUGUCCCCUUUGGGCUUUGGGAGCUGAGGAGGCUGUGCACCUUUUGUUUAUUUGCAUGCUGAGCUGUCUGACUGGGAGCUGCUGCUGCUCUGCAAUGAAAGCUACCUGCCUACCUGUUGGGCAAGGCAGGAGCUCUGUGCACAAGCAGCUGCUCUGGGAUGAAGAAGGUGUUGGAAACACCCUUCCACUGGGUGUGGAACGUGUACAUAUAUAUUUAAUGCUGUGUCACGGUUUUGGCUGGGGUGGAGUUCUUUCCCUGUAGCAGCCCAUAUAGUGCUGUGCUCUCCAUAUCUAGCUGGAACAGCAUUGAUAUUACAUUGAUGUUUUGUCUGUGCUUUUAUGGCAACAAAACUCUCUCCACUCCCCCAGGGGCGGCAGGCUGGGGGUAAGCAAGAGAUUGGGAUGGGACACUGCCAGGACAACUGAUCUAAACUGACUGAAGGGGCAUUCCAUGCUGCAUUACAUGACACUCAGCAAUAAAAGAAGAAGAUGGAGGGGCUCUUGUUAUGAUGUCUGUCCUCCUGAACAACUGUGUCAUAUAUUGAGGCCCUGCUUCCCAAGAUGUGUCCAAACAUUGCUUGUUGAUGGAGAGUAGUGAAGAAUUGUUCUCUUUCUCUUUGCUUCUGCACAGCCUUUGUUUGUUUUUCUCUUUUUUUCCCCUUCAAUUAAAUUGUCUUUAUCUCAACUUGUGAGCUUUUUUUUUUUCCCGCUCCUAUUUUCUCUCUGAGUUCCUUUGAGACAGGGGAGUGAGAGAGCAGUGUGGUGGAAUUCAACCAACCAUCAGUGCAAAACCACCACAUGCUGCCCCCUUGUUCUGCUUAGCUUUAUGGCAUAUGCUGGAGACAUUCAUGAUUUUGAAUCUGCAAACACAGAACAUCUUUAAGAACAACAGCUUUGUGGAGAGCAGCAGAUCUUCAUGACUGUUUAAGUGGUCUUAACCACAAAAAAUACUAUAAAUGGGUGAUAUUUUCACUUCAUGCUCUAUCUACACCUAUUCAUUUCCCCUCCCACACACUGCUUUCUUUAGAAGCAGCCACAGAAUCAUCAACUCUGGCUUAGUCUGUGGCCAGUGGAACAUCUUUUCUCCUUCUAAUGAUUGUUUCUGAUUUGGGCUCUUUAUGCUAAGCAACAAAAACUGCAGUGAGCCAGGAACCAGGGAAGGUAAAAUGGUGUUUCAUGAUUGUAAAGCCUCAACAGAAUCUUUACUGUGGCGAUAUCAGGGAUUGAUUACAGACAUGUUUGGGACCUACUAAAUAUUUGACUUGGUGUACUGCUGCUUACUCUAAGGAAGUGCCUUUUUGCAUAAGUGAAAUGUUUUUGUUGUUCUUGUUUUUUGUUUUUGUUUUUGUGUGUGUGUUUGUGUUUUUCCCUGUAGAGUCAGUAUUCCGAGGUUAUAAGCAGAGAAUCAAACCAAAGCAGUCUUUGACCCUCCAUCUUGUGAAAGCAAAAUAAAUACAGUUUUAUUAUUUCUUCUCUCUA